AGUUGAGUUCAGGAGGUCAGCUUGAAUAAACCUGACUGGGCAAAAGCUGUAGGGAGCAUCUCCAUUUGACUUUCCUUGGCUGGAAGCAUGUUUGAUGCAAUAUGGAGCUCAAGAUGUGUGUUUUGGAAGUGGUGGGAGUGAAGUCCCUUGCAGAGUCUUUCCCUUUAUAACCAUGUCACCCGCCCUCGCCAGGAAGGUCCCCUGGUCCUCGCCCGCCGAGUUUAUCGGCCUCUUCGACCUGCUCUUCUCCUCGGCCGACCCGCUCGCCAGCCAGCCCAUCGCACUCAACCACCUCUACGCCUGGUCCAUCCGCUCGCCCUCCAGUCUCCCCCCGGCCAUCGAGGCCACCCAUGCAUUGCUCUCCCUCAUCCUCCCCCCCACGCCCAAUGUCCAGCAGCAACGGCUCGGCCUCGCCAUGGCCCUCUCCCGGCUCGUCAACAGUCUCGUAGACCCCCUCCAGAAGGGCAUGUAUGCCCGGAGCAUCUCCCAGAUCGCUGCCGAACUCGGCCUCCCGCUGGCCUUGGUCCAACUCCGCCAUCGAGCCACUCACGAAGACUUGCCUAGUCUUACCAUCCUACUCCAGUCCGCUAACCUGGCUCUCGAUUGGCUUUAUACCCACUACUGGCUCCCAAGGCUAAACGACAUCGAAGGGAAGGGUCAUUUGAAGCUAGAGACGAUCGGCUUACUCGAAGGAUUACUGAUCUCAUUCAAACGGGCCAGGAAGCGGGCCAUCCUCGACACCACCCAAGUCGACUUCCUCCAAUUCCUCCCUCAAAUCGACCACUGGAUCGGCGCGGCUGCUCGGGAACUGAGUGGCGAUGGAAGUCAGAGCAGACUCGCCGAGGACGACGGCCAAGCCGACCAUCGUCCGUUGGUGGCACUUUGCUCAGUAUUGGUCGAGCGUCAGGUGCUCGUCCCACAAGCCGUCAAGAAGCGUUGUCAAUCAUCCAAAGAUCCGUUGCCCGAACCUUUGAAGGAUCUGUACGAGCCCUUAAUCGAUCAUCUCGCGCAAUCCCAUCCACAAGUCUUCAUCCGCUCACUCGUCAUGAGCCUCUUGGACACACUCUCUGCGCUUCCUGAUGGGACCAGUACCAGUAAACAAGCAGACGCGACCUACUACAAUACCUGUGCUUCUUGGCUGGUGUAUCUCUUACUCCGGGCCGAUGGUGGACCUAUUGGGCCAGAGGCGCUCAGAAUUCUGUUGAUCAAACCAAACCAAUAUACACUCUCGGUUGUCGAAAGGUUAAAGGAAGCCAAGCAAUCGGACUGGUAUGAUGAGAAGACGCUUUCGCCUCUGAUUGAUCUACUUCAGAAGACUCGAGACGACCAAAGGAACGACAUGGACGAGGGAUGUAUGUCGGAGGAGCCGAUUGAGGAUCGGAUCGCGGCGAUGAAGCAGAGAUGGGAGUGUCUGGUCGCCAAAGAUGAAGAGCCGGUCGUCCAAGAAGGCUCCUCUUGGAAUCUCGUCCCCGAGGCUAAUUGGGUCCCUUGUCCUAUCGGCUGUCUUCCUGAUCGCACGGUCCCUGACCUCUACAAAUCUCUCUUAUUUUCCUAACUCUUCCACCUUUAUUUGCUUCGAGUCUCUCCAUCCAAUUCAAGAAGACAUGUAGUCCCACAGAUAAAAAUUAUUAUGAGCAGUCAUGAACAAAAUAAGGAACUCCACCUAGUCAGUAUCCUCCCA